UAUGUGUGUGUCUCUGCGUGGGGUGUCCGUCUGAUGUCAUUUGGCAUAAGGGGAGGUUGUGCUAGCUAGCGGUGGGCUUUGAGGUGGGAAGCAAGCACAACAAUAUCGCCGCCGCCGUCUCACCGCCCGGACUGGGGUUCACUUCUGGGCUGGAGCAGGCAGCGUUCAAGCCCGUGCUGUCGUCUCUCUGGGGCCCGGAGAAGAGAAGAGGAGGAAAGAGGAGAGAGAGAGAGGGGAGAAGAGGAGACCAGUACCAGAUACUAGCAGCGUCGAAGGAAGGAGAGGGGGCUCGUCUAGGCAGCAGCAGCAGCAGCAGGCGAGGGUGAUGGGUUUCUCGUUGUCCUGGCGGGUAGCGCUUAAACCUUAACUAAACUCUCGCUUUUUGCGAACUUGAGAAGACUUGCAUUUGCUCCGUCGGCGCCUCCCGCUGUAUGACAUUGUGUCCGAAAUGGUAGCGCGGCUGCGGGCUCGGCCCUCGAGCUGCCUCUGGGCCGCGGCUCGGGACACCGAGCCCGAAUCCGCGAGCUAGCUGUCCACCUAGCCGCCUGCUGGCCGCGGCUCUACCCGAUGCUGCUGCUGCCGCCGCCGCUGCUGCUUAACGGACUCUCACGUCAACAAAACCGGUUCGGGGCCUUGGAGCUUGGGGCGACCUUAUUGUUUGACCCGACUUGGGACUACACCGGGCAUUUGAGAUGUGACGCUUCUUCUGCGCCUCGCUUCUGAGCCCUUUUGUUGCCGCAGGCUCCGACUUCCUCGACUCCGAAGGGGGCACACAACGUUGCUGCAAAAUGCCCAGCAGAACCACAACAACAAGCUCCCGCUGAAGGGGGCGAGGUUAGGCUGAUCGCAACCCACCCUGUGUCCCUCAGCGACUGGGGUUAGCAUUUGGACGAGGGAACCCCCCCCCCCCUUCCACCCCCCAUCCCAUCCCACCCCACCCCAUAUAAUCCCCCCCCCCCACACACACACGCGCUGUUCGUCGCAGGACAAUAUGGAUAAACUAACCAUAAUCUCAGGAUGCCUGUUUCUGGCAGCAGACAUCUUUGCAAUAGCUAGCAUUGCAAACCCAGACUGGAUCAACACUGGUGAAUCAGCAGGUGCCCUCACGGUCGGCCUAGUCCGGCAGUGUCAGACCAUCCACGGCCGAGACCGGACUUGCAUCCCCCCGCGGCUGCCCCCAGAGUGGGUCACCACCCUCUUCUUCAUCAUCAUGGGCAUCAUCUCCCUCACGGUCACCUGUGGACUGCUGGUGGCGUCGCACUGGCGCAGAGAAGCCACCAAAUACGCCCGCUGGAUCGCCUUCACUGGCAUGAUCCUGUUCUGCAUGGCAGCGCUCAUCUUCCCAAUAGGCUUCUAUAUCAACGAGGUGGGAGGCCAGCCGUACAAGCUACCCAACAACACGGUGGUGGGCUCCUCAUACGUGCUGUUCGUCCUCUCCAUCUUCUUCACCAUAGUGGGACUGCUGUUCGCAGGCAAGGUCUGCCUCCCAGGUUGAGGCCUCCUCCGUGCUUGUCUCGGCACUGACACAAGAAGUCGUGAGUUGUUGUUUUUUUUGACGGGAUUUUUACGAGAACACACGGUGACGGGAAAUCGAAAAACGACUGCUCGGAAGCCUGAAACGGGGAAGUCACUGCUUAUGUGUCAAGGGGACCGCAGCACCAUGGAGUACCUAACUACUAAAAGCUGAAAACAAAUAACUGAACAUAACACUAAAAAGGGGACACGGGCGCAGAAGGGGGGGUGGGGGGGUGGUGGGUGGAGGAGCCUGAUAGAGGAUAGCCAAGGCUGCCGCAGCACCCUGCCACUUUUGAUUUAAAAGUCUCUGUCUGUUGUUCUGUUGGAAACCGGUGCUUAAUGCGCCGCCGUCAUGGCAACCGCUGCCACAAUGCUGGUGCACAUUUCUUGAGGACCACUACAGCCACUCCUCGGCUCGAUUCCGCCUGCAGAACCUCCCCCGGCACAGAUCUGCGCUGUCACGUCCGCUCCCGUCGCUAUUUUUGGCUUCUCUUAGCUUCUCUCAGCUCAUUUUUCGUUACACAAUUUGUGUUCUUUUUUUUUUCUUUUUUUUCCCCCUUCCAUUCCUGAUGCAGAAGAUUGAAAAGGUUGAGUGUUCGCUGAGACUCACUGGACUGGACCCCGCGCGGGAGGAGGGUCCUGCAUUUGACUUUAGAGCAGCUGUGAUCUCAGCUGGUCUGCGCCCACACACGGGCUGCCGUACACGGGAGGAAGGUGCGGGUGUGCUUCCCCUCAGCCUCCGGGGCGGUAGGACAGGUCGAGCGGCGUAAAGGAGAAUGCCACUCAGUGUAAGACCUUGCAUAAAACAGCGACGAAGUAUUACAGCUAUUCUGCUUGGCCGCAUCCAUCACGCCGAGUCAGGUCUUUUGCCAAUAACUAGAAGACUGUGAAUUAUAGAGAAUCAUCUUCUGAACGUAAACACGCCCUUUGUAGUUGUAAGUUUAAUUGUGUUAGGCGUAGCCACGUGCACAGUGGCCUUUUUUCUUUUUUUUUUAAAAUUAGUUUCAAAGCGUCCCCGUGGCGUCACAUGGGCCCACAUUUAGUUACACAUGGUGUUAAAAACACACGUGAAUACUUAAAAAACGGUGGUAUUCUCCUUUAAUGUUGGACAGGAAAUAAGCGAGCCAGGAGUAUGUUGUUGUUUUUGUUUGUUCGUUUGUUGUUGGGUUUUUUUUUUUGUUUUGUUUUUGUUUUUUUGCAACAUUUGAAGGACACUGGAACUGCAGGUCAGGUCCGUGCGCGGGGCUGUGCCUCAGUGUGUGCUGCUUGUGAGGUCUGUGAAUGCAACACACACACAAACACACAUUUACACUUGCGCGACCGCCGCAGUAUUCACUGGCUAUAAAUAGACCUCCAACCAUUAUUUUUUAUUGUGCAACUCGCAUGCCUGCCACCAUCAGGGUAAUGACUGAGGUAUAAUAUAACAUAAAUUAAAAAAACACACAAUAUUAGCAGAUAUAAUCAACUUCUGCAUCAAAAUGUUUAAAUCUGGGGUUUAAAAUAUUGAAAAAAAUUGUGAUAUUUAAUAUAUUUAGGGAAUGUCAACAGGAAUAUUCUAGCCUAUAUAGCCGAGGGCUUCAGUGUUUGUCAGGUCACAGACCCCAAACUGAUAGAGGGAUUAAGUAUUUACCUACUAUAUGUGCUCUAUAUGAAACUCGACCUAGUGCUAUUUCUAAAUUUACAUGAUUAUUCUAAUUUUGCAUUUAGUAUCAAGCUAAUUAAGCUAAUCAAACAUGUGCAGCAGUAGGGUGGCUGUGCAACCUGACAAACAUAUGUACAAACAUGGGAUUUCAUCUGGGACUGAAUAGGCUUUCUUUAAAUUUGUGGAGAAAAUAUAUAAAAAAAUGUCUAAUCAACCAAAUGUUUUGCGACCACCCUGCAGUACCGCCGCGGGCCCCCUAGGGGUCGCAAAUUCCCUGUUGAAGACCUAUGCUAUAUGGGAUUAUAUUUGAACAGAUGGGCGACAUUAAAGAAAAUGAAGCAGAUUUACUUCAUUAGAAACGUGACGCUUCCCAGACAAGUUUCGACAAGUCAACAGGAGCCUCUGCCGACUGGUUUCAAAGCUGAUUUAACAGGUGGAACUUAAAAUGUGGGUCAGGCACGUCGAAGCGUAUUUUUAGAUUUGAGUCAUGACUCAACGCCUCAAUUCCACGAAAGCAGCACCUCAUUGAAAAUGUCAUUAUUCAGAACAGGAUGCGAAAUUAGAUCAUAAUUAGAUGAGUCCAAAUAAAACCUGAAACGGAGGCAGCGCUGCCACAGUGAAGCCGGGAACCAGCGAGCGCUUGGGAUUUCUGCGGAUUUAUUUGCUUCCAAAAUUGUCGCAGCUCUUUUUCGUAUUCACAAACACGCACAUACAAUAAAAUAAACAAACGCAUAAGCUACAGACACUCAGAUAUCCCUCGAAGUGUGUGCAUGUGUGUGUGUUGAACUAAACUGCCCGGUCGCAAAGUCUUAGUUUGGUUUUGUAUUUCUGUUUCCCGCUCAGCUUUUCUUACUCUGACGAUGUAUACUGCUAAACUAUCCACCCUGCAGUGCCCUGUCUCGUUGGUUUAGUAUUGUGCCAUGACCUGUUUUUGUUAAAUAAUGUACAGACACGAAAAAGACAUGAUUUCUGUAUUAGGAAGCACUGUGCAUUCAACAGUAUAGGUAACAGACAUAGAAGCACUACAAAUGUAUAAAAAGAGAACUUCUUACCUCAUUGUUUUUUGUUUCUGCUAUUAUUUUCUAAUGGUGGCAACAUGUGUGCCCUCUAAUUUGUCUCUUGCCUUGAUCAGAUGUCUACACAUAAAAGCCUAUGAUCAUAGGGAAUUAUUUAUCACUGAAUAAAAAGAGAAAAAUG